ACGAAGUCACAUAUGUCCACGUAUCUUCUGUUUGGGGGACAUUAUCGGCGUUUUUAGGGCGGUGUGGUGUGUUAGCUCCGAGUGUGACACGAAGUCACCGUGUUUUAACGUCCACUCGUGUCUGUAAAACCGACAGGAAGAGUGUGGGUGGUCGGUAAACUCCUACAACUUGAUACGUCUGUGAAGUUGUCAAUGAUUUAAAAGGGUGAUUGUGAAAUCAGCGUUUUGAAUGUGAGGUGUGAGUUAAUGUGGGGAGGCAGGCCAGCUGCAGAGCCUCAAAACCCCGAAAAGAAGAGGCGUUUUUACAGAGGAGAAGACUUGCAGAUGAGGGGAUCCCUGCAGCACUAAACUUCAGAUAUGGAUUACAAGCUUGUGUUUGCAGCCUUGGAGACAGUAUGCGAGGACAACGUUUCGAUCUUUUGUGGGCCUUCGGAAUUGCCUUACGGUGCUGUUGCCACGCGCCUGGUCACGUGUAGUAGGCAGAUUCAGGAGCACGGUCGAGCCCUGGAGCCGGUGGUCGCCAGCUUCGUUGCUGUGUACCACCAUUACGACUUUGACGCACAUACCCCAGGGAAUGGAUACCGCACAUUGGUCAAAGUCUUGCAGUCCUGUCUUUUGCACAUCAUUCACAAAGGCCGCUACAUCGCCUCAAACUACAACGGUGCCUUCUUCAGGGCGGACCACAAUGCCUCUGAGAUGGAGGCCUACUGCAGCGCUCUGUGCCAGCUGCGCGCCCUGCUCCACCUCGCCCAGCGGCUGCUCAAUGACAACGACUGUGGCCAGCUGUACUCCCUGCAGGACGGGGAUCUGAGCAGCAGGUUCGUGCAGGAGUACAGCUCCAUGCACAAAGCCUGUUUCUACGGCCGCUGCCUGGGCUUUCAGUUCUCUCCAGCUCUACGUCCGUUCCUCCAGACGAUUGUCAUAAGCAUGGUGUCAUAUGGAGAGACGUACGGUAAACAGCAGUCUGGCUUGGGUAUGGCCGCCCUCUCUCUCCUCACUUCAGGGAAGUACGUCAUUGAUCCGGAGCUGCGGGGCGCCGAGUUUGAACGCAUUACACAAAACCUGGACAUGCAGUUCUGGAAGUCCUUCUGGAACCUCACAGAGUCCGGCCUUAUAACAGGCUUCAACAGAAUAGCGUCCAGCCCAGUGCAAGUGAACUUAACUCUGACCAUGCCUCCUGUUGCCCUGCGCCUCCCUCUGGCCUCAGACCCUAGUCUGACAGCCACUGUGUCCCCUCCGUUAGCCCACUGGGGCCCUGGGCCAGUCCACGUACGUCUCAUCUCCCAUGAGAUCCGAGAAGGACAGGACAGUGAAGAGCUGCUGGCCUUGUCUAGCAGAGAUCCUCCUCCCAUCCCUGCGUCCCAGCUCCCCUGGGUGCAGAAGCAGCCUCGCUCGCCCUGGCUGAUCAUCCACAUCCAUGGAGGAGGAUUUGUGGCACAGACUUCCAAAUCUCAUGAGAACUAUCUUCGGACUUGGUCGAAGGAGCUGAACGUCCCCAUCCUCUCUGUGGACUAUUCUCUGUCCCCUGAAGCUCCUUUCCCCAGAGCGCUGGAGGAGUGUUUCUACGCCUACUGUUGGGCUCUGAAAAACUGUCACCUGCUGGGCUCCACAGCAGAGCGUGUGUGUAUGGCAGGUGACAGCGCCGGAGGAAACCUCUGCAUCACUGUGUCUAUGAAGGCCAUGUCCAGCGGCAUCAGAGUCCCCGACGGCAUCAUGGCUGCCUACCCCGCCACAUUGCUCACCACAGACGCCUCGCCCUCCCGUCUGCUCACGCUCAUUGACCCGCUGCUACCUCUUGGUGUUCUCGCAAAGUGCCUUAAUGCCUAUGCAGGUGCAGAUUGUCAGGCGGUGCAGCCUUCAGUGGGAAACGGCAGUCUGAGCUCUCUGGGUAGAGACACCGCCGUGCUGCUCAGCGAUCUCACCCAGGGAGCCUCUAACUGGAUCCAGUCCUUCCUGGACCCCGCUCGGACUUCAGGUGGAGCACGUUCACUGUCCCAGUCUCCGAGGAGGUCCCUGAACAACGCAACCCUCAAGACACCCGCUCCCAACUCCACACAGAACUGUGAAGAUCACGUGGAGUACCCAGCGGGCUUUCAGCCACUGCGCUCAGAGUGCCUGGCAUUCGUUCGCCCAACAUCCUGCCCCAUCAUCAAGAACCCGUUUGUGUCACCGCUGCUGGCUCCAAACGAGCUGCUGAGAGGCCUGCCGCCUGUACACAUAGUGGCCUCAGCUCUGGACGCCUUGCUGGAUGACUCUGUGAUGUUUGCCAAGAAGCUGCGAGACAUGGGCCAGCCUGUGAGUCUGACGGUGGUGGAGGACAUGCCUCAUGGCUUCCUCAGCCUUUCCCAGCUCUCCAAGGAGACAGAUGUGGCUUCAGCAAUCUGCAUGGAUCAAAUGAGGAGGAUCUUUCAGAGAGAAAACCCAACGCCUUCUCUUCGAAGACGGCCAGUGCUGCAAGAGACUUACAUCAGUAGCAAUCCUUCAGGAUGAUUUCACAGGCAGGCUUAGGACUUUUUUUUUUAUGCUGAAAUGAGAAACAUGAAGUAGAGGUGUUUUGAUACGAUGAUAGAUGAUAUUAGGAGGAGGGGGAGAUGCAAUAAAUGAAGGAAAAGGAAAAAGUCAGGAAGAAACAUCACAGACACACGAGGAAACUUAGGGAUGCUGCACUUCAAACCUUUAACGCACAAUAUCUAGGUAGGCAGCAAACAUUGAGAGAGCCAUUAAAACCUGUAACUCACCAAAACCAGCUUUAACAUGACCGGGCAAAGGAAAGAAUGAAGUAUUCUUCAGUAGAGACUGCAACAAGCCCUUACAGUCACGUCUAAACUAACAUACAGUAAUGUUAGUGAUGAGAGCUGAGGUGCCUUGAAUUCACAGCGCUGCUUACAUCACCAAACUGACAGGACUCAAAGUUUACUUGUACAGGAAAAUAAUUAAAUGCACUGUAGUAUUAUUAUUAUUAUCAUUAUUAUUAUUUUACAAGGAAUUGAUCUGUGUUCUGGUUUUGCCAGAAUGUCAUGUGUUUACAAUACAGUAUAUUGAUAAAGAGGUCCUCAGUGUGUUCUUAUCCAGCAGUUUGUAAAUGUUGGUGAUGAAGUAUCUUGUAAUACUGUAAAGUAUUUCUUAAAAUAAAUAUUUAACACAGUUGCUAUAUUUUAAGUUUGAAUUAAAUCAAACUGAAAGGUU